AUGAGUGAGCUUUUUCAAGAUGCAGAGUAUCAGUCGGAGAGCAUUUCGAUCUCUGAGCUGAAGAACGGAGGGAUUCUUGCAGGAGACAUUGCAAAGCUGCUUGAGGCUGGAUUCACGACGGUUGAAUCGUUGGCGUUUGCACCGAAGAGACAGCUGCUGUCGAUUAAGGGGUUUUCAGAUGUAAAGGUGGACAAGCUGAUCAAGGAGGCAGCAAGGCUAGUUCCCAUGGGGUUUACAACUGCUUCUGAGUAUCACCAGAGGAGAUCUGAGCUUGUGUAUCUGACGACUGGGUCUUCGGAGGUUGACAAGCUGAUGAAUGGAGGGUUUGAGUCAGGAAGCAUAACUGAGAUAUUUGGGGAGUUUAGAACAGGAAAGACACAGAUAUGCCAUACACUUGCCGUGACGUGCCAACUGCCGGUGGAGCAAGGAGGAGCAGGAGGAAAGGCAAUGUACAUAGACACCGAAGGAACGUUCCGAUCUGAAAGGCUGUUUCCAAUUGCAGAGCGGUUUGGAUUGGACCCAAACGAAGUGCUGGAUAACAUAUCGUAUGCGCGUGCAUACAACUCUGACCACCAGUCCCAGCUUCUGAUCAAGGCAUCUGCAAUGAUGUCUGAGUCGAAGUAUGCCGUCCUGAUAGUUGACUCUGCAACAGCACUAUACAGAACGGACUUUAGUGGCAGGGGAGAGCUUGGAGCAAGACAGCUACAUCUUGCAAAGUAUCUUCGCAGCCUUGUGAACCUUGCAGAGACGUUCCGUGUGGCCGUUGUCAUUACAAAUCAGGUUGUAUCGAAUGUCGAUGGAGCAGCAGCAAUGUUUGCAGGCGACAUGAAGAAGCCGAUUGGAGGAAACAUAAUGGCUCAUGCAAGUACCACCAGGCUGUACCUACGCAAAGGACGAGGAGAAACAAGAAUAUGCAAGAUAUACAACUCGCCUUGCUGCCCAGAAAACGAAGCCACGUUUACAAUUGCUCCCGAAGGUGUGACUGACACAGAUGAUUAA